AUGAAACACCUUCUUUCAAAGGCAAAGCAAAAUGCGAAAGACACAAUAAUCUCCUCUUUCUUUUUCCAUGCCCAAGGGGUGGACUUGGAGAGGUUCACUCUUCUCUCGUCUACUGCCGUUCCAUCGAGUGCCAAGCAGCCCUACUUUAGCUUUGCAGCGAAGAUGCUAAGUCAAGAUGACGGCAUAAAUUGGACAAUCCGAGACUUGAAACAUCAGCUGUUAUCGCUCAUCCGAUUGCUGAAUAACCGCUACGUGUUCUUCUUCAUUGAUGCUCUGGACGAAUGCGAUCAAGUCGAGAUGGAGGACAUGAUACCGUUCCUCGAGCACUUGGGGCACUCUUUGAAUGCAUGCGAUGUCCAUUUGAGAAUCUGUCUGGCCAGCAGACACUAUCCACAACUCAAUAUUGAACGUGGCAUUGAGUGGGUCUUGGAGUACCAGCAGGAGCAUCAAGGCGACAUGCGGAAGUACGUUGAGACGAAAUUGAGAGGGGGCAAGUCAAAAAUGCUCCAAGAGAUUAGAGAAGAAGUGUGCGCUCGAGCAUCCGGUGUAUUUCUCUGGGUUAUACUUGUAGUUCGGUCGCUAAACGAUGCGUUCGCCAAGGGCCAAAUCCACGCCGUACGUCAACGGCUGGAUGAAAUCCCAGACGGGCUUGAUGAGCUUUUCACCGAUAUGCUGACCAGAGACACUGAUGAAAUUGAUGACCUUAUCUUUUGUCUUCGACUCAUCUUGUUUGCACAAUGCCCACUGUCCAAGGAUGAGAUCUACUUCGCGGUGAUGUUUACCAAAAACGGCUUGAUCAAAAGAGAAGGCGAAUGGCACAUUGAUCCGCAUAUUGAGAACUUCAUCCUCAACGUCUCCAAAGGCCUCGUGGAGAUUACCCGCACCAAAGCUCGCAUAGUACAUUUCAUUCACGAGUCAGUGCGAGAUUUCCUACUACGACGGGACGGUUUUAGCAAACUCCAGGCUGGUUCAAGCGCGAACACAAUCGGGAACGCCCAUAACGAGCUUGCACAAAUCUGCUUCCGAUACAUCUGUCAAAUCAAGUUCAUGGCCGUAAGCGAGAUUCCAAACCGCUAUGUAUGGCCACCCAUAGCCAAGGACAAGAAUUCAGAAUCAGAAACCCCAUUCCUCAAUUAUGCUAUCCAUAGCCUCCUGCCUCACAGCAAUGCGGCUGAGGCUGGAGGCACUUCGCAAGCUGCCUUCCUGCAAGCGUUCUCUUUGUCAUUCCAGGACUUCAUGUACAUCCGAAAUGCCCUUACACAAUGUCUCAUUCGCCGAUAUGGAGCCGAGGUCACGCCUCUAUACGUUCUAGCAGAAUUGAACUUGGACCACCUCAUCCGCCUGGAACUUCUACGUACGCCACAGAUGUGGAAGCAAAUGGGAAGGUAUCACAGCCCAAUGGGUGCGGCUGUCUACAUGGGUAACACACUCGCAAUCAGGGCCUUACUUGGUUGCAAUACGAGUUCAGAUGCCUCUGUCGACAACUCCUUGCUUGAGGCUGGGGUUAUUGAUCGAAUGAAACAAUAUGUGGUCAACAGCAAGCGAAUCCAAAUGAAAAGACAUUCUAUGGCUUUGUGUCUGGUGGACCAUAUUGAAUAUCUCUACCUCACUGGCAAAAUCGAUCUGAACCAUAAGCUCAACUGUCGUUCGCUACCGCUUAUCUAUGCGAUUAAGUGUUCCAAGGCAGAAAUCGUGGAAUUUCUGCUCAGCUUUGUUAGAGUCACUAUUGCCAGCCCCACAAACGCUUUGCAUAUUGCGAUCACUCGAGGUAAAAGGGAUGUUUGCAGUGUCCUACUUUCCUCCCCAUACAGUCUUCGUUGGUUGGACUCCUACGGGGGAGUUGCCAUCCACUGGGCAGUAACUGGAAACAAUGGGUCUACAAUGAGAAAGCUCCUUGAGCUUGGUUGCGACGUAACGCUACGCGAUGGAAGGGGUCGAGAUGCUUUGUCACAUGCCGCCGAACAAGGCAAAAUUGAGAUGAUGAAGAUCCUUAUUGAGAGCGGGGUUGUCGAUAUAGAUGGGAAGGACGGUCAGGGAAGGACGGCUUUCUCAUGGGCCGCAGGACCAAACAGUGAAACGCUCAAUCGUUCGCCUGACCCCAAAAAAUGUUGGGAUCAAUUGCAAAAAGAAGCCAUGUAUGUGCUACUCAGCACGGGACGUGUUGAUGUGAACUCCAGAGACAAACAUCAAUGGACGCCCUUGUUAUGGGCCGUUCAGACAAAUAAGCCAGUGGCAGUGGACAUUCUUCUUGAGGCCUCAGGAACUGAGGUUGACUGUAGAAGUGUGACAGGAAAAUUUCCACUUACGGUAGCCGCAAUGUGUGGACAUGAAGCCAUGCUAUGUAAGCCCCUGCAGUCGGGUCGUGUGGAUUUCAGCAGGAAAUGGCAGUACAUGAUAGACGGAAUAUCCCCGCAUCGUGCAGUUCCGUUGCUGCUGGGUUGCCCGAUAAUAGAUGCCAGCAUUCCGGAUUCCUUUGGCCAUCCAGCCUGGUGGUGGGCCCAAGCUUGGUGGAUCGAUGCUCCCGCAGUCUGGGAAUUGGAGGAAGAGAAAGGCAGAAAAGUCAUGCAGUUGCUCAUAGAUCAUCUGUCGACAAAGAACAAGUUCAAUAAUUAUGCGGUUCUGCCACUUGAUAGGGAAACAUUGAAGCGCGAAAUCCAGGUUGUUGCAGCGUCCUAUACACCAUAUGAUUAUUGAAGGCGCCAGUGAGACAUCUGACCCAUUGAUGUUUUUUUCAACAGUUCAUCUAUAGACAAG